UUUGAGUAAAUUAACGAAAGGGCUCUAAACUGAAUGAAAACAUUCGGUCACGUGGUAUAGUGACCUUUGACCCCAACAACAUAAACACUGAUGUCAGCUGUUUGUCGAUGGCUAAGUAAUAACCCUGUGUGUUGUGGAUGAGCAGCUUCGUCACAAACUGGCCAUGUUAUGUUUAAGGAGGGAUGAUAUUUGCUGUUCGUUAGUAAUUGUUUGAGUGUUUUUAUCUCGUAGACGAAGGACGAAGUGAAAAUCUCACCUCGUCGGUCCUGGUGUUUUUCUGUAUCGAGGAAUGUUCUCACACAAAGAGACUAAAUGAUCGUCGUCACUAUUAAGCGGAAGUCCAGGAUGAACGAGGAGGAUGGCUACCGGAAGUGGGUCGUCGUUCUGGCCGCAUUUUUUACGCAGUUCAUAGUGUGCGGCAUCACGUACAGUCUGGGCGUCUUCCACGUCAUCUUCAGGGACAUCUUCCAGAAGAACCACUUCGAUACGUCAUGGGUGGGAUCGGUACUGCUGUACGUCACGGCGCUCUCCAGUGUGAUGCUGCGGUUUGUAGCGAGUAUAUGGGGAUGCCGUGUCAGCGUUAUGGUCGGGGGGCUUCUGGCGGCGACAGGGCUGUCGCUAGGACUUGUGGUCAAUGAGCUUUAUCAGGUGUACCUCACAUUCGGACUGCUUACAGGUAUUGGCUUCGGUCUGGCGUGUUCACCCUCUAUAGUUGCUGUAGAGCGUUACUUCAUCCAUGGGCGGUUCCAGGCGUUGAGCGUUGUUGUUGGUGGGGUCGGGGCAGGCAUCAUCACCUUCCCCAUCAUCAUCAGACACAUGCUGGACAUGUUUGCGUGGAGGGGAACUCUCCUGCUCCUGGGCGGGGUGUCGCUCAACCUGUGCGUGUGUGGUGCCCUGCUCAAGCCUCUACCCGGGGAGAAGGAGGUACGCCUCCUGCCACUCCUGUCCUGCCUCCCCCUCCGAAACCCUCUGUUCCACGGCAUGUGCAUCGCCAACCUCUUCUGGAGCUUCGGGUCCACCAUCAUCUACAUGUACCUGCCAUCCUAUGCAAUAUCGCAAGGAACGGACUUCGAGAGCUCCACGUUCCUCGUGGCUUGUGUCGGCAUGGCCAGCUUCACCAGCAGGAUGAUAUUCGCGUUUAUGGGGCACAACAGUACGCUGGAUGACGUCACGUCUGUGCUGUGCCCUGUUGGACUUGGCGUGGUUGUCACUGGCAUCUGUCCGCUCUUGUUCAAAGACUUCACGGGUCAGAUCGGAUACACGUUACUAUUCGGCUUCUAUAGUGGAUAUUGGACAACAUUCCUCUCUCAAGCUUCCCGGGAGCUUCUCGGCCCGGAGUAUAUUGCUAUGGGCAACGGGUACCUGUGUUUUAUGAUAGCCUUGGGCUGCCUCACCGGAGGACCAGCGGCAGGUUUGCUGAUACAACACGAGAAGGAAUACAAGUACGCCUUCUACCUAGCAGGGGCGUGUCUGCUGUGGAGUUCCGUCAUCAUGGUGCUGUUUAAGAUCAAGCGCUGCGUUGUGGCCAACAAGCCCCUGACUGACCACAAGAUUCCCCUCAUGGACGACGAGGAGGAUUACAAGGACACGGAGAAGACUCCGCCGGCGGCAGACGACAUCGUUGUACAUGCAGUGGUAACCUCGGUAUGAACUAACAUCCACCACCUUGCACCUCCAUUGCCAAAUAGACUGUUCUAUUUAGCAUGGGUAAAGGCUGAGAGUUAGAAAUCGAGUGGGAGAUUCCAAGUUUGCUGUAAGUGUGAUUGUGUCGCGCGUGGAGACGGGAAGGCUCCCGGUUGUGCUGGCUGCAACUGACACCGCGGUGCUGUGUGGAUCGGCCGUCGUGACUGCAUUUAUAUAAGUGGCACAAUCAAAAUUGUUUCUCAAGCCGUUACAGUGGCGACAUCUUUACUUGUUCCUAAGCCUACUCAAGAUUCGAUGGAAAAUACACGUUUCUUCUUUCUGCCGUGUUGAAGGCAUGACGUAAAUCACUAUGCAAGCCGGUCUCCGGCCCUGUGGCUGCGGACAUUCAGCCAAUGUUCAAUGUAGAUAUAUAUGUAUGCGUGGAUUUGGGGCGAGGUUCAGGGGAUGCCAUUGUGUGUUCGGGUGACUCUCCACCUGCCAAUUUCAUUGUCAGCUGCGAGUCACGAAAUUCAACCAGACCAAUUUUGUUUUUUGUUUAACUGAUUUACUCAAUUCUGUCAAGGAUCUCCCUGGCAAAACGUGAUAGGGGUCGGUUGUUGAAAUGACACUACUUCGUGGUGAGACAACCAAUAAGGAUAGUACAUUGAACGCUUUCUGUGAUUGUUUGACCAUUUUGGUUUAGUUGCCUUCAAUGAAACAAGUACGGUUCUGAAAUAAGUGCACACUCAGCCACGAUUUCCUAUAUUUCGUUUCAUUCGGCAAAGGAAAAACAAGAAACGUGUUGGUCUGGCGUUUGUGAGGUAUGUUUGAAAGUGUGGAACUACAACAGGAGAUUCAUCACGAUUUACAAAUGAUGUUGUUCAUAUAGUAUUCUGGUUCAUAUGAAUAUUUAUAUAGUCUGUUGCAAUCUGUUGUUGAUUGAGAUUUAUGUGGACAAAAUAAUAACAACACUGCUACCAGUCUGAUGCUUUACUCGACAGUGUUUGCGCUGAACAGUCAAGGAAACCUGUCACCCAAAACGCGACCUUCACCUAGUUGGUAAAGCAAAGGGGCGGAAUGGACCAUGUGACAUUUAAAGCAGUGGUAGUGAACAUAGUACACUUUCUGAAUACCUGCCGUGUGUCAGUACAUUGAUAAGUUACAUUUACUAUCUGCUCCACAACCUAAUUAAUAACAGUGAUGAACUUCCAUAAAACUUCGUUAUUGUUAUUAAUGCCCCCCCCCCCC